CUUAAGGCAGCCGUGACGCGCCGCGAACGCCGCUGCUGCCGCGUCGACGUCGCGUGUGCUGUGCUGGCCUCCGGGCGCCGUCAGGAACGAUUGGAUUGAACCUUUUGAAGUGUCCCUGGAUCUCUGCUUAAAAAUCUGCAUUCUCGUCUGAACCGUGGGAAGAAAGAGGAUAGUUGGUCUGUAAAAUCCUGCGGGAAGGAACAAUGUUUUCCAAACUAGCACAUUUGCAGACUUUUACUAUACUUCGUCGUGGAGUUCAUUCUUCAGUGGCUUCUGCUACAUCCGUUGCAACUAAAAAAACGGUCCAAGGCCCUCCGUCCUCUGAUUACAUUUUUGAACGGGAAUCUAAAUAUGGUGCGCACAACUACCACCCUUUACCUGUAGCCCUGGAGAGAGGAAAAGGCGUUUACGUGUGGGAUGUAGAAGGCCGAAAAUAUUUUGACUUCUUGAGUGCUUACAGUGCCGUCAACCAAGGGCACUGUCACCCAAAGAUUGUGAAUGCUCUGAAAAGCCAGGCGGACAUACUGACCUUAACGUCUAGGGCUUUCUAUAACAAUGUUCUCGGUGAAUAUGAGGAGUAUGUUACUAAACUUUUCAACUACCACAAAGUUCUUCCUAUGAACACAGGAGUGGAGGCUGGAGAGACUGCCUGCAAACUUGCUCGUAAAUGGGGCUACACCGUCAAGGGUAUUCAGAAAUACAAAGCAAAGAUCGUUUUUGCAGCUGGAAACUUCUGGGGUAGAACCUUGUCCGCUAUCUCCAGUUCCACAGACCCCACAAGUUAUGAUGGUUUUGGUCCAUUUAUGCCAGGUUUUGAAAUCAUUCCCUAUAAUGAUCUGCCUGCUCUUGAGCGUGUUCUUCAGGAUCCAAAUGUCGCUGCGUUUAUGGUGGAACCAAUUCAGGGUGAAGCAGGUGUGGUUGUUCCAGAUCCAGGCUACCUGCUGGGAGUGCGGGAACUCUGCACCAGGCACCAGGUUCUGUUUAUUGCUGAUGAAAUACAGACAGGAUUGGCCAGAACUGGCAGAUGGCUGGCUGUUGAUCAUGAAAAUGUUAGACCUGAUAUAAUCCUCCUUGGAAAGGCCCUUUCUGGUGGCCUCUACCCGGUAUCCGCAGUGCUGUGUGAUGAUGAAGUAAUGCUCACCAUUAAACCAGGGGAGCACGGCUCGACCUACGGAGGUAAUCCCCUGGGCUGCCGAGUGGCCAUUGCAGCUCUUGAGGUUUUGGAAGAAGAAAACCUUGUUGAAAAUGCAGAGAAAAUGGGUGCUAUCUUGAGAAAUGAACUCAUGAAGCUACCUUCUGAUAUCGUAACUGCUGUAAGAGGAAAAGGAUUAUUAAAUGCAAUUGUUAUUAGAGAAACCAAAGAUUAUGAUGCUUGGAAAGUAUGUCUGCGACUUCGAGAUAAUGGGCUUCUGGCCAAGCCGACCCACGGUGACAUCAUCAGGUUUGCACCGCCGCUGGUGAUGAAGGAGGACGAGAUUCGGGAGUCCGUUGAAAUCAUUAACAAGACCAUCCUGUCUUUCUGAGUCGUGACUGAUCAGCGGCCCCUAGAGCCAGCUGGAGCCAGGUGGUCAUCAAUGUCCUAUUAAGCUUCUGCUCUUAAGGCAGGCACAUUCCACUCCUGCAGGUCUUCAAGGACUUAUUAUUUUUAUAUAUUUUUUCAGUUCAUAUAUAAUAGGAAUUUAUGCACCUGUAGUUUGCUAUGUAAUAUAACUUCUAGAGAAUGUAGUGGUGAAUCUAUUGUUUGAUUGUGGUUUGUGUACGCACACAUAUGUGCAUGCUUCCUGAGGUGAAAUGCAUCUAUCUGUAUAUAGACAGCCCUUUAAUCAACCCCUUCAGUGUAUAGUUUAUAUGCAUUUUUAUAGUCUCCUUUCUGGUAUAAUGUUUUAUAUUUGAAAAGAAUUAUCUCUGGGGUAUCACAUAGAAGAAGAUCUGCUUAACUGUCUAAAGUUGAACAAUUAUAGGCAUUGAAUUUUAGGAAGGAUUAGUGGUUUUAAGCACAUGUGAAAAUACUAGGGCUAAAUUUAACUGCAUAUUGGCUAGUAAGAGGGUGUAUUCUAUGGAUGUCAUUAUUUUGAAUUAAGAAUUACUAUUUACCAGGAUCAAAUUAUGUUUUGUUUGAUUAUAAUUUGUAAAAAUGUUUAUUUCCAAUGUUUCUUUAAAAUAAAGCAUAUAUUUAAAAUGUU